AGUGACUUUCUCUCAAGUUAUGAUACAGCUGCCGUGUCUUUUUUCUUGAUGUGAAUCGUCUCCGUCUCUCGCAUUCUUCGGUCUUCACGCAGAGGUUUCAUUUCAAAACUGGAAAAUGCUGGCAUUUUCUCUAUCGAAAGCAAGAAGAGGCAUCCAGCCAUGGAAAUCACAGGCUUGCGCUUUAGGAAUCUUCCGCUUCUCCACCGCCACCGAUGCAUCGCCCAGUCACCGAUCCUCUCCGCUGAGGGUUCGGAAUCUCAUUGGAGGAGAGUUUGUGGAUUCGCAAUCAAAUACCACGAUCGAUGUUUUAAACCCUGCAACACAAGAAGUUGUUUCUCAAAUACCAUUAACUACCAAUGAAGAAUUCAAAGCUGCUGUGAGUGCGGCGAAACGGGCUUUUCCUUCAUGGAGGAAUACACCUGUCACUGCUCGCCAACGUGUCAUGUUCAAGCUCCAAGAACUCAUACGUAGAGACAUGGAUAAACUUGCCAUGAAUAUAACUAUUGAACAGGGGAAAACAUUACGUGAUGCCCAGGGUGAUGUAUUCCGUGGGUUAGAGGUGGUGGAACAUGCUUGUGGAAUGGCUAGUCUGCAAAUGGGGGAAUUUGUUUCCAAUGUAUCAAGUGGCAUUGAUACAUAUAGCGUUAGGGAACCUCUUGGUGUUUGUGCAGGGAUAUGUCCAUUCAAUUUUCCUGCUAUGAUCCCCUUAUGGAUGUUCCCAAUGGCAGUGACAUGUGGCAAUACAUUUAUUUUAAAGCCAUCAGAGAAAGAUCCAGGAGCUUCUAUGAUUCUUGCAGAGCUGGCAAUGGAGGCUGGUUUACCUGCUGGUGUCUUAAAUAUCGUUCAUGGCACCAAUGACAUUGUCAAUAAUAUAUGUGAUGACGGCGAUAUUAAGGCUAUAUCAUUCGUUGGUUCAAAUACUGCUGGAAUGCACAUUUAUGCUAGAGCAGCAGCUAAGGGGAAACGCGUUCAGUCAAACAUGGGUGCAAAAAACCAUGCGAUCAUCAUGCCUGAUGCAAGUCUGGAUGCUACUUUGAAUGCUCUGGUUGCUGCUGGUUUUGGUGCCGCUGGGCAAAGAUGCAUGGCACUCAGCACAGCCGUUUUUGUUGGAGGCUCAAAAUCAUGGGAGGAGCGACUCGUUGAGCGUGCACAAGCACUUAAGGUAAGUGCUGGAAUUGAGCCUGGUGCAGACCUUGGUCCAGUGAUCAGCAAACAGGCAAGGGACCGCAUUUGCAGAUUGAUCCAAAGUGGUGUCGAAAAUGGUGCUAGGCUUGUGCUUGAUGGGAGACAUUGUGUGGUCCCUGGCUAUGAGGAUGGCAACUUUGUUGGCCCCACUGUCUUAGCUGACGUCACAAGCAACAUGGAGUGUUACGAGGAGGAAAUAUUCGGUCCAGUUCUCCUUUGCAUGCAGGCUGACACCCUGGAAGAGGCCAUUGACAUUGUCAACAGAAAUAAAUAUGGCAAUGGAGCAUCAAUAUUUACCACAUCGGGUGUAGCUGCCAGGAAAUUCCAGAAUGAGAUCGAAGCAGGCCAGGUUGGCAUUAACGUCCCAAUUCCAGUUCCAUUGCCCUUCUUCUCAUUCACUGGCUCAAAGGCAUCUUUUGCAGGUGAUCUGAAUUUCUAUGGUAAGGCUGGUGUACAGUUCUACACUCAGAUCAAGACAGUCACUCAACAAUGGAAGGAUUUACCAGGGCAGGGAGCAUCGUUGGCGAUGCCCACAUCACAGAAAGCAUAAUCGAAACGCAUUACACAUGUUUGAUCAGUGUUCCUAUGCUUGUGGGCCCAAUAAAUAAAAUGUAUGAACAGAUCAAAUAGCAAUGCAAUGGCUCUGUCUGGGCAUGUCUUUUA